UUCUCAAUCCGACCCUUCUCCAUCUACCAUCACUGGUCGCCGCUAGUAGCUGGCACGUUCACGUCGCGAAUCUGUUGAUCUCGCUGACUCAACUUCUGAGGCAUAUCAUGGCAUUAACACACUCACAUCAGCUGUUAUUCCUCUCCCUUCUCGUCUCUGCAAUUUACUUCUCCUCUGCCCACGGGCUCGUUCAUCGCCACCGCGAAGUCGUAAUCCCGUCGGCGGCGCAGCAGCACGCGGGCUUUAAGGACUUCAAGAUCGGCCGCUCUAAACUCCCUCCCAGUCCGUACGAAGCUCAGGCGAAAAAAUCGAGCGAUUUCCAACUGAACAGCAAGAACCACGUGAAGGUUUCGCGAGCGGAUAUGGCGGCGCUGCUUCAAGAGAAGAUCCGCGUCGAAGCGGCCGCGCGGAAGAUGCGCACCUUCGGCAACCGGCUCCACCACGACGGCAACUCCUCCGUCGUUCACGGCGCAAUAACUGGCGCAGAUCCCGCGAAGGCUGCGGCGGGGAGCCGUAGUACCCGCGGCGGUUCCAGCAUUGAGCCCCAGAAGGAGAACAAUUACCAGAUUAAGUAUUUUGGCGGACCCGUGGUGUGGCAGCCGAUUAAUCUCUACGUGAUUUACUACGGCACGUGGUAUCAGUCGGAAGUAAACAUCAUCGAGACGUUUAUAAAGUCCAUCUCCUCCUCUUCGUAUUCUUCGGAAUACGCCACGGUGCGUGGAUGGUGGAAGAAGAUUUCCUCGCAGUACUAUCAGGUGUCCGGGUCCAGAUCCUCCUACGUCACUAACACGGUCAGACUGUCGGCAACGGCAUUCGACAAAUACAGCACUAGCAGCAUUAUUAAAUCCAUUGAAAAGCAGAUAAAGACAACCAAGCGCUUCCCUCUUGACUCUAACGGAAUUUACAUGGUUCUUACCAGUGCCGAUGUUGAGGUUUCGGUUGGAGGAAUGGAUUUUUGCGGAAGCUACUGCGGAGUCAGGACCUCGUUCACUGGCACAGUGAAUGGAGUGAAGAAGCGGUACCAGUAUAUCCACGUUGGAAACCCCAUUCGGCAGUGUCAGGAGGGCUCUACUUGCAUUCUUGGAUGGAGGGGCAAGUACUACAAAACGCCAAACGGAAAUUGGGGCGUGGACAGCAUGAUUGGAACAAUUGGCCACGAGUUGGCGGAAGCAGCUACUGAGCCUGAUGGAAAUCUAGGCUGGCAUGACGAGACGGAGAUGGAGGUUGGAGACAAGUGCGCUUAUGACCUUGGUGCCAAUGUGUGGGUGACUAACAAGAACACCAAGAAUAGCUACAUAUUCAAUACUGUGGGUUUGAAUGGUGUGAGGUUUUUGCAGGAGGCCAUAUGGAAAUACUCUCCCAAGAGUUGCGUCGUGCAAUGAGGGUAUGUAGAGUCUGGGAGGGGUAGAUUUUCCAUGUUUGAAUAUGUAUGAAGGGAAUUCAUCUUUAUGUAGACAUAAAGUUAUGGUCGCCCU